UUGUUUUUCGUCGGUGUUUGGCUCCUCGUGGCUUUUUCCGACGGAUUUUUACACCGUGAAACUCACCCCUUUUGAGGAUGAAAUUGCUGCAGACGAUAUGGAGCAAAAUUCGAAUGACAACGAUUUAUUUCUUGAUGCACAGUGAAGGAUGAUGUCUCAGGAGUAUGGUUGACUGUGAAAAACCUCUGAGAGUAGGAGACUACUUUGUAGUAGCUGGCCUUGGUAAUGGCAAGUCAACUCAGAAUGCUAUACACUUAGAUGAUGAAAGGAAUAUUCUGGAACCAAUCACAGACAUUACUGUGAUAUUCAAGAGUUUGGGAGAAAAACCUCCAAUUGGAUACAAAUGCAUCGACAAAACCCCCGCAGGAUUUCCUGCUGAUCUUAAUCAUGGCUCCAUAAGACAGCCAUCAUGUUACCUCUGCAUUCGCAGAGGAACAGACAAACCUCCAUUGACUGAUAUUGGAGUCCUUUAUGAAGGAAAAGACCGCUUAAUGGCAGGAUGUGACAUUGUGACAUAUACCGAAACAGGAAAGUCAGCUAAUGUUAACAACAGUGGUGGAAAUAGAACAUUCAUCACUUAUCGUCGAGCACCCCACAGAAUGGCUCACUCCUCACUGGCAGUCACAGAGAUUUGUGUUAUUAUAACAAGCAAGAAUGAAAAACCACCACAUGCAUUUUGCUUGAUCGACAGGAAUCUCAACAAAGGCAUGGUUGGAUCAGAUGUGUACCUUUGUUACAGAAAGUCAUUAGCAAGGCUGCGCUCUAUCAUGUACCCUGCAGAGGUUCUCAGUCGAUUUCCUGUGGAGGACUAUGAACGUUUUCCACUUCCAGAUACAAUUCCAAUGUUUUGCCUUCCUCAAGGAGCAAUUAUUGAAUGCUGGCCUGAAAAUUCUCAAUAUCCUCUUCCCUCUUUCUCCACAUUUGUACUUACAGGUGCUUCAGGACAAAAGAUUUAUGGAGCAGCAGUAACAUUCUUUGAACUGCUUCCUGAGGAGCAACUGACAGAGGAAAGGAAAAAAGCUUUAAAGCUGGAUGAUGACCAAAAUUCUGAAGAAGGGAAAAGAGUUGCUCACACAAACAAGUGCAUGUGUGUGUUGUCGCAUUGGCCAUUUUUUGAAGCUUUCAAAAAGUUCCUGUCCCAGCUGUAUAGAAUUUCUGUAUCAGCACAGCCACUGCCCAUUGAAAGGUAUAUAGCAAUUUUGAUGCUUGAUGUUCCUUUUCCUUCACCCCAAAGACCAAGAAUUCUUGUGCAGACAAGCAUGUAUGAUCCAUUUGAAAUAAGCCAACUCUCUCACACUCCUUUGCCAGUCAGUGGUGCAUCUUACAUAGCUAUGCUUCGCUACCUGCAUCCAGACAAUGCUAUGCUUUUGUUUUAUCUUGUUCUCACUGAACACAAAAUACUGAUUCACUCUCUACGACCACCUCUGAUGACAAGUAUUGCUGAGGCAAUAACAACGCUUCUGUUUCCCUUCAGCUGGCAAUGCCCCUAUGUUCCACUUUGUCCAUUAGGGUUAAAUGAUGUUCUAGAUGCACCUUGUCCAUUUAUUGUGGGUAUUGAUUCACGAUACUUUGAUCAGUAUGAUCCACCUGAUGAUGUCACUUGUGUUGACCUAGAUAACAACACUAUUUCACUAGAGAAUGAACUCAAAGGUGCUAGCUGGAAAAGUCUUCCAAAGAAACCGGGAAAAGUCUUACAAGAAAGACUGAGUGAGCUUUUUUAUCAAUUAUACCAACUGUGCCAUAAGGAAAGAGAAUCUAUUGGUGGAGAUAUCAUAGAGACAGCCAUCGAGUUAGCUCCCCUGGAUCAUGACACGUCCUAUUCAAGAAAAAGGCUUCAACUAGAGGUAGCCAUUCAAGAUGCUUUCCUACGGUUUAUGGCAACAAUUUUGAAAGGCUAUGAGGCUUUCUUAAAACCAAUCACUUCAAGACCAACCCAGGGGACGUGCGAUCUGACGUCGCUCUUUGACCUUGAAGGUUUUCUUAGGAGUCGUCCGAAUUCACAAUCAAAGUUUUUUCAAAUCUUAUCAAGGACACAGAUGUUUAGCCGGUUUAUUGAAGGGAGAUCCUUUGUAUCGUCACAAGACUCUUUGUUCGCAUUCUUUGACAACUGUUUAGAAAAGCUGGACGUAUUACCAGACUGUCGUCUUGUUGAAGUAGAUGAAUCAGUUGCAAGGGGUGGUCAGAGGACCUAUGUUGUCACACCACCAGAUGUUUCCAACAUGGAUAAAGGGAAGUUGUAUACUUACCCAGUGUUUCCAGUUUUAAAUGUCGAUCUCAUGAAGCCUGAGGGGCUUUCUUUUUCUGCUAAGCCUGCUCAGACGCCUCCAGUAUCUCCUGUGGUCAAAAGAACAAAGGCAGAAAGACAUCAAUCUGUUCUGAUGGCGAAAAAGUACGCGGGAAGUCCCAUAAGCUGGGCCAAGUGCCUUUUAGCUCAUUGCUACAGUCUGUGGUUUAUUCAUCUUCCCGCCUAUGUGAAGCGUCAUCACAACAAGGCUAAAGUGUUACACGUAGCUUUCGAGGUCUUGUGUAAAAUGAAGAAAAAGGGUGUUAAGUUACCAGAUGAGGUUUGCUACCGAGUGCUUAUGCAGCUAUGUGGGCAGUACGGCCACCCAGCCUUAGCUGUGAAGGUCUUGUUUGAGAUGAAAAACCAAGGAAUAACUCCAAAUGCUGUCACGUACGGCUACUAUAACAGGGCUGUAAUCGAGGGCAAAUGGCCUUCCAACACGACCAGUUCACACAUGUGGAAUAAACUAAGGAAUUUCUUUGCCGCUGUAUAUGAGCUUCAAAGACUAGCGAGAUUAGCAAAGAAUAACAAAGGAGAUUCCUUGUCCCCGACCGGGUCAAACAACGACUUAGAUCUACUAGACACGCCUAGAAGAGCGACACUGAAAAAAUCCGACCGGUCACGCACUCCGUCACGCGAACGCGAGAAAGCCCUGUCACACGAACGCUUGCUUGACUUGGGAGAGUCGAAUGAUGGUGAAGGUAGACGCACUCCAGAUAGAGAGAUCAAAUCGCGGCGCGAGCGAACAAUCAGCGAAAUGUCUACGGCCUCUGAAGCAGCGGACAUUCUGAACCUGUCCACCACGUCGCUGGACGGUGUGCCGUCCUCCACACGAAGAAAACGGCACACGAACGGUAGAACUGUCAGCGAAACGUCGGUGUUAUCAGCUGCGUUUAGCGAUGGUUUGCAGAAUUCCACGUUGUAUAUCAAUGCCAACAGUGAGGACUCUGAUCCGUAUGAGUACACCACCAGGAUGUUGGAUGAUGUCAUUCUUGGCCUUCCUGCUGCUCUACAGCCUGACACUGCACUGGAAGCUGUGUUGUGUUCGUGUAACCAGUGUACUAAAUGUGGGAGAUACCUUUACGAUGAAGACAUCUUGGCUGGCUGGACAGCAGAUGAGUCCAACCUUAACACCGGAUGCCCCUACUGCCAUACACAGCAGGUCGCAAGACUGACAGUAAAGAUCAAGGAUUACCGGAAUUGUUUUUCAUCGCAUCCAAGUUCAGAGUUAUCGUCAAGUAUUAACAGCUUCGGAAGUUCCGAACUUCUGCCGGGGAAUGGCGAAGUGGAACCGACCUCCGAACCGCUAAGCAACUCGGUGCCUUCCACGAUUGAAUCUAAUCUUAUCAAGUUCUCCGCUCCCACGCGACCAAUAAGUGUCGUUGCGCUGUCUCCCCCCGCCUCUAAUCCCGUCCCCAUACGGGGUAGUCACCAUCGAAUGCGUCACAGCAUCAGUGCACCGUCAAGCGCCAACGCCAGUCCCUCGGGGAGCUUGCAUGGCAGCCCGAGGACUGGAUCAUGGUUUCAGCGCAUGCGUAGUAGCAACAGCACCUGUAGCCACGGAAGCACGUGGUACGUAUCCAGACCUCCAGAAGAAAGGGAUAAUAUUAUGGUAACUUACCUUAAUCCUUUGGUUUUGAGAAAAGAACUUGAAAAUAUGUUUGAAAAUGAUGGCAUCAGCACACUACAAUUUCCUGACGUCGUGCAAGCGAAACCUGACAUCUUUUGGAAUCUGGUUUGGUAUUUUAAAAGGCUUGACCUGCCCUCUCACUUGGCAGAUCACGUGUUGUCCACCUACCCCAGCAACGAAAGAGCUGACAGAUUCGAGGAGCGGCGCAGUAUCUCAGGACUUGGAACCCAGGUCCUUGUGUCCACUUCGUGGGAUGGAGACAGGGAGGAAUAUGACACGGUCCCAUUGUACGUUUUGUGGAAUGCGCCAGCGGAUCAGCAAGGAUCACUGACGGACAAAGGACUUACUACUAGGGCUGUAUUGCAGUCAGUAGUGGCUCAUAUUCAGGAAAACGACGUUUACAGCCCAGCUUUAAUACUGCUGGAGGAACGAAACCGGCAAAAGAACAUCAACCCUAACGCAAAAUGGAGUGUUUAUCGAGAGUUGCUUUACUUGUCACUGACAGCCUUAGGAGCAGAGAACAUUGACGUCGAUGCCUUCGACAAAGAGUACAGACGAGCCUAUAGAAGCCUUUUUGAGUCAAAGAACUUCUCAGAUCUUUUGUGUUUGGAGGAUAAAAGCCCGCUGACUCGUGCAGUGUAUUGCAGGCGCACUUUCGAUACACCGACACUACAACCCAGGGUUCCGAAGCACCUCGUCAACAGCUUCCCUUGACUUGCUUGCGAGGAAGAUAUUAACCUCUGUGGAUGUUCAGUCAACAGAUCGAGACGGGUAAAGUUUCCUCGAAUAUAUGUUCGCAAAUUAUUCAGAGGUCGUCGGCAUUUCUCGAAAGAUGGCGGUACUGGGCAUUGAAAACCACUUUGCAAUAUCCGGUGGAAAAAGAAGGCGAAGACAUUGAACGAAAGCACCAUCGUCAGAUUAUCAGAAUAUUUCUGUCUUGGCGCUACCAUGACGGUUAAAAAAAUUACCAAUGGGAACGCACUGUUAACAUAGUCAACCUCUAUCUCAGCAGUGGUUUUGAAUACUUUACCUUAGUUCAGCACUCACCCUGCAUCAGUAUUUCACUAGUUUUGUAUUCAUCAGUGAUUUUAAACAUAGAAUUGUACUAUUACGUUUUUAUCUUUACGCAAUGCAUCAGCAGUGAUGCGGCUUUUUGUGUUUGAAGUUGCACACAAAAUUAUAUCCAUACGUAAUUCAUUGCUGACGUUAUAUACUUUUCAAACUUUACCUUGUAGGGUCUUAAGCCAAGACCUCACUUCCAAUAUUUGUUCGAAGCUAAUCUUUUACAAUGAUUUUCUUGUGAAAUUUAGGUUUAGAGGUUUAAAAUACCUUACCAAAUAUGGUUUUUUUACUGAGUUAAAGUUUAAUGGAGGCCUAAUGAAUAUUUUCUCAAAUUUGUGGGGUGGGGUCAAAAAAUGGUUGGAGAAAAUUUAUAUACUGGGGGAGAUAGAAGUGUCUCGAUGUGGAAACUUGUCGUCAUAUGAAAGUCACAAGGUUUUAUUCAUGAGGCAAAUCAUUGCAGCAUUAGAUAGUGCCAUAAUUCAAUCAUGGCUUAUUGCGUCGGCAGCUAGGAGCAACGUUUUUUUUUUCCUGCUUUACAUUCACAAUAUGCUUUCUAGAGAAUUGUAACUCACUCGAGCAAAAUUUGUUUGCCACAAAAUUACAACAACAACGACAACAACAACAUUAACAAGAAGUUAUGUUUAAAAUCGAAACGUUUUUUAUAAAUUAAAGUUUCUUUAUUGCUCGCGCCAACACGAUUCUUACCUACACUUUCACAGAUUUAAUCAACUUAAAGAAUUGUAAAUCAUAAAAGCAUCUAAUAUAUUUUUCAAUGUUUAGCAAAGUUUCAUCGCUUAACCGUACGCUAAUCAAGUUGUAAAAAAGUAGAUUUAACUUAUCAUGUUUUACAAUCGCCUGGAAUAAUCGUCAGAAACGUGACUUUCCUCGUAUUAGUUUGGAAACAGGUAGAAUUCCUGAUCGAUGACAGUUCAGUCCAGCCCUUUUUUCUGCGUCAUUUGAACGCUUUUUCGUAAUGACUGUCUCAUGUGGUUUAAAGAAUCAGGCAGUUUUGCUUCACAUGCAGAAAUCCAUUUUAUUCGAAGAUCUUGGCAUGAGUCGCGAGGGUUAUUCCGUGCCAAUGAAAAGAGUUGUUUUGAAAUUAAAAGGGUUUUGGUGAAGGCUAAAAAAUGUCCUUAUGUAGAUGGUAUUUUGCAUCCAAUGGCCCGUUAAUGUAAUCGUGAAAAAUAAUUUAAAGUGCUUUUUAAGAAUCGCUUCCAAGUAUUAAUCAAAAAUCAGAUUGUAAAUACUAGAUCAGGUCAUUGUUUUAAAAUAAUUGAAUAGCGCUGAUAACUCGUGAAAGUUACACUAGCAAACACUCCUAUUUGUCAGUGUGCAAUAAAACCGCAAGUGGUGCUCUUUAAUUGUGA